AUGAGAGAAGUCAACAAGCCUCUGCUUUCUAACCAUGCUAUGUCACGGGCCCGCACUUACGACUCAUCACUUUCAGAUGGUGCUUUGGGAUCUCAAUCCAGUCCAGGACCAGGGCCUGAGCUGGGUGCUCCAGAAGUGCAAAGUCCCCGGCCUUCGCGAUCAAGUAUAGAGAUCUUGAGCCCUUUAAAAGAAAGCUCAAGAACAACGGUGCAGAUGGAUUUUUCAGCAAGGCAACAACCACUUUCGCUCUGGGAUCGUGUGGCAUAUUACCUGCCCUGCUUUUCAUGGCUCCCGUCGUAUAAUUCGUCACAAAUGUUUAGAGACGUGCUGGCCGGUGCCUCAUUGGCCUCUUUCCAGAUACCAUUAGCUAUGUCAUACUCAACAUCCGUGGCACACGUUCCUCCAUCUUGUGGUCUCAACGCUCUGGCUAUUACUCCGUUCAUGUAUGCGAUCUUUGGAUCAGUUCCCCAGAUGAUUGUGGGUCCCGAGAGCGCUAUUUCUUUAGUGGUUGGGCAGGCAAUAGAGAAACUCUCCAAACAUGACCCAGGCAUCGGUGUCAUAAACCUGUGUAUCAUUCUCACUUUCAGCAGCGGUGCGAUUCUUUUCUUAUCAGGAAUAAUGAGGUUUGGGUUUUUGGAUGGUGUGUUAAGUAGAGCCCUUCUGCGAGGUUUCAUCAGCGCUGUGGGACUCGUAAUGGUUCUGAACUCUUUGAUUACUGAAUUAAAACUUAAAAAAGUGUAUGAAGAAGCUCCGGGCCAUUACCAUGCGCCCUACGAGAAAAUCAAAUUCCUUUUGAGGUACGCACCAGCCAACUAUCAUUAUCCUACAGCCAUUUUAAGCGCUGUGGCUUUCGGAAUUUUAAUGGUUCUGAAGCAGUUGAAGAAAAGGCUUUCGAAAAGGUAUAAGAAGGUCAUUUUCGUACCUGACAUUCUAUUAGUGGUGGCAAUUGUGACUAUAUUCUCAUACCUCCAUGAUUUCAAGCGAAGAUACGGCAUUGAAGUCGUAGGUGAUAUCAAUACCGACAACAGUGGGCGUCUAAGAAAUCCGUUGGCGAAGAAGAACUUGUCAUAUUAUAACGAUCUAUUUCAUGCAAGCUUUAUGGUCGCGUUACUUGGGUUUUUCGAAUCUACCACAGCGGCCAAGUCUUUAGGAACAGCAAAUGACCUGGCAGUAUCUUCAAAUCGCGAACUUGUCGCAUUGGGAAGCCUGAAUCUAGUUGGGUCUCUUUUCGGUGCACUGCCGGCUUUUGGAGGAUAUGGGCGUUCCAAGAUUAAUGCUUAUUCGGGUGCUGCGAGCGCUAUGUCAGGUGUUUUCAUGGGCGCUAUAACCUUAGUUACGUCCAAGUUUUUACUUGGUCUAAUUCAUUACAUCCCGAUGUGUAUCCUUUCCGUUAUCACUACAGUGGUUGGGAUCUCACUUUUUCAGGAGGCACCUGCUGACAUCCGGUUCCAUUAUACAUGCAAAGGCUAUAAUGAGCUCAUUACUUUUGCAAUUACCGUUUUGACGACUUUUUUCUACUCAGUAGAAGCUGGUAUCACUGUAGGAUGUGGGUACUCGGUGAUUCGAGCAAUAAAACAAUCGACUCGUUCUAGAAUCCAAAUUCUGGCACGAAUUUCUGGCACCAAUAGAUUUGUUAACGCAGAUGACUUUGGCGAUCCUGCUUACCGGGAAAGUCUCGGACUCAGCCAACUCGAAUACGUUGAAGGGUGUCUGAUUGUAAAAAUACCAGAACCUCUGAUAUUCACCAACACCGAAGAUUUGAAAACAAGGUUAACACGAUUGGAACACUAUGGGUCCGUAAAUACGCAUCCUGCAAGUCCACGCGUUCGUGACAAAGAGCAAACCAGGCACAUGAUUUUAGAUCUUAAUGGUAUGACGCAUCUCGACUCUUCUGCUGCUCAAAUCUUAUAUGAGAUUGUCACAAGCCUUAGGAAACGGGAGGUUAGGGUAUACUUAUCACGAGUCCCUAUGGCCAUUACUAUACGUGAUAGACUUCAUUCAGCAGGCAUCGUUGCAUUGGUAGAGACUACGUCUUCGACUGAAGGGCCUGUGCCUCCCAAUGCAUCAAAUCCCUCAUGGUGUUUUCAAAGCAUACAAGAUGCCUUACGGUCCGCCGAUGACAUAGACGAAUUUCAAGUGUCAGUAGAAUCGAGCGAAUGUCCCUCGCUGGAUGGAACAUUCGUUAAUUGUACUGCUAUUUAUUAA